CUAAGAACCACAAGAAAGAAUGUUAUUCUUAAAGUUUUGAAUUUAGCGUGCAUUCUAAUUUUAGUGAUUUUUAGAUUCUCCGGCUUUCCUUUUAAGUCUUCUGACUCCAUACUAAUAUCUUUUCCUUGCAAUUAAAUGCUUGUUAUGGCAUUGCUUUUUCAGCAUAAUGAGAAGUCAUUCUCAUUGAAAACAAUGGAAGAUGGUCAGGUGUUUUUGUACUCUAACUCUGUAAAUGCACGAGAUUCUAAGAUACCAUUCCCUUGGCUAGCUUUCAACAUGAAAAUUAAAGUUAAUGCUGUUUUCCUUCGGGAUUCUACAGCUAUCUCUGAUUCAGUGUUGCUGUUAUUUGGUGGAAGCAUUUCAAUGGGCGAUUUGGAUGGCCAUUUGAAAAUGAUGGGGGGAUACCUAGAAUUCUUUAUGAGCUCUUCAACAGCUGAAAUGUUCCAAAGUUUGAGGAGAGAGGUUGAUGACCUGAUUCAGACUAAACUCUCACAUCCCAAGAUGGAUAUCCAUGCAUAUCAUGAACUUCUGUCUGCAAUACGAUUACUUCUCUCAGAAGAUCAGUGCAGCGGCAAAUUUGUUUUCAACCGUCAAAUGAUACAACCAUCCAAGCCAUCACCCAUUGCCGCACCAUCACAAAAACUCUCAGUAUCAAGAACCGAAAAUGGUCCUGGGGGAGACAAUCCCAAGAGUCAACUACAAACUGUAUUGAUUCGAGCAGGCUCUCCAGCCCCCAUCUACGUGACAAAGCAACUCCCUGGUGGCCAGUUUCGGUGCACCUUGGAGUUGAAUGGGACCCAAAUAGUCGGACGAUCCUGCACCAACAAGAAACAAGCCGAAAAAGAUGCAGCGGCCGAGGCUCUGGAAUGGUUGCUCGGUGAAAACCGUGCUUCCACUGACCAAGUCUCACUGUCUCUCAAAAAGAGCAAGAGAGAUCACACAUAAAGAAGGCUGAAGAGCUGUAUAUUCAAGCAUCUUAACCCCCGACGGUAAAGUCUUUUUGGAGGUGGUGAGAUGCCAUUGCCGCUUGCUGGAGCGCUCAGUUGGGCUCAGGUAUGUUAAUUGGUGGAAUAGGGUUGAGUUUGCUCAUUUGGUUAAACACUAGGUGUGGAAAUGGAAAUUGAAGGGCAAAAUGGGAAUAUUUCACAGGGGGCUACAUAGUCGAAUUAAGGCUUUGACAGAGAGACGGCGUAACUAAAUUCACGGGUCUUACUUAGCUAGCGUGAUAUGUAUGGGCGGGUAUGGAUGGGAGGCCCUGAAAUGUACCCGACCCGUCAAGUCUCGUUGUACAUUUUUAGAAUCAGACCCAUAUGCUUGUAGUUCUUAAAUGAUGAUUAUUUUGGUUAAAAGUGAUAAUGGGGUAAUUAUUGUUACUCCUAGUACUUAUUAGGGAGUAUAUUUAUAUUAGAUGCUAGGUUUUCACUACAUUUUUUUGUUUGAAUAAUACUAGAGUAGGAAGUAUUUGUGGCGUG